AAAGACCUCAGAUGGUGGUCUUGACCCACUGUUCCUUGGCAGCAGCUGCAUGAAGCUUCAGUGCAUCCCUCAGCACAUAGUCCUGGACCUUGGAAUGUGCCAGUCAGCAACAUGUAAUUAAGUUCAAAUCUCUACACUGGAAGAUCAACAAGUUUCGGGCAGACCAAAGAUCAUCUUUCACCAAGUUGAUGGUCCUCCGGUGCAGUCGAUGUUUUCCUCUGUGUGUGUCCCCUAUUGUACAGAGCCCUAUAUAACGGAGUUGCUGGGACAAACCUUGACAAAAACUACUACAUCUCUCUCCCGACCUUCUUUGUAAAAGCACAUUCCAAAAGGAGAUGUGUGACAGUCUCUUCACUCAUGUAGCCGUUUCAAGGGCAGCAUGCAGUAGUGUACAGAGACCAAUGGCAUAAAUAGGCAGAACCUUGGUUUAUUAUCCAAAAGGUCAGUUAAUUGACAUAUAACCUAUAAGCAGAUUUAAAAACACGUAAGAACAAUUCUGGAAUAUUACCAGUCUUUCUGCUGAUACAGCAAUUCUUCAUUAUUGGACUGAAACAUCAACCUAGAUCUGUGCUGUCAAGAUUUGGACUGGUACGGGAUUUCACAACCUUCUGACUCGAUGAUGGAGUAGCAGAUUGUACCAACUGAGCAGAGCAGGAAUGUCUGCAGUAGAGGACCUAACUGCUGAAGCUGACCCUUCUCGAGAUGGAAGUGAGAAUCAAUCCUCCUUUGCUGAAGUUCCAUAUAUCAAGCUGGAGCCUCAUGCAGAAAUUAAUGAAAAUGGUGGUCCUUCCCAGAAUGUUGCCAUGGGAAUGAAAUUUGUCCUACCAAAUAGAUUUGAUAUGAAUGUCUGUUCUCGGUUUGUAAAAUCUCUGAAUGAAGAAGAGAGUAAAAAUAUUCAAGAUCAGGUGAACUCUGAUCUAGAAGUUGCCUCUGUAUUAUUCAAAGCUGAGUGCAACAUACACACCUCUGCUUCUCCUGGAAUUCAAGUAAGACAUGUCUACACACCAUCAGUGACCAAGCAUUUCUCACCCAUUAAACAGUCGACAACUCUGACUAACAAACAUCGUGGCAAUGAAAUCUCUGCUGCACCUUUACUCUUGCACUCUUUGUCUGUACAUCAGUUGGCUGCGCAAGGGGAAUUAAUAUAUUUGUCAAGCCGUAUAGAGCAAGACAAUCUGCUAAACAUGCAGGAUGAGCAAGGCUUUACACCGUUGAUGUGGGCAGCAGCUCAUGGGCAGAUUGCUGUGGUGGAGUUUUUACUACAGAAUGGAGGUGAUCCACAUCUUUUAGCAAAUGGGAGAGAGAGUGCACUGUCACUUGCCAGCAGUAAAGGCUACUCGAAUAUUGUAAACAUGCUGCUUGACUAUGGGUGUGAUGUGAAUGAAUAUGACUGGAAUGGCGGAACUCCUUUGCUUUAUGCUGUACAUGGAAAUCAUGUGAAAUGUGUGGAGACUCUGUUGGAAUAUGGUGCUGAUCCAACUGUUGAAACUGAUUCUGGAUUCAAUGCUAUGGAUAUGGCUGUUGGGUUGGGUUUCAAGAAUGUUCAACAGGUUAUUGAGGCUCAUUUGCUGAAGUUGCUGUUGAAGAUUAAGGAAUGAUAGCUGACACCUCUGGCAGUCACAGAAGAAUCAAUUAUUUGAACUACUACAUGCAUCAUCUGACUUCCUUGAGGGAGCGCUUGAAAAUGUUUAUAUUUGACAAUAUAUCGAUCGAUAUUCUGAUUGUAAUUUAGGAAUGGUGGAAGAAAGGAAAGAUUAUUCUUGAUCCAAGUUUGAUUGUGAUGACUAUAGACUUGCUGCUGGUGAACGUGACUCAAGGUUUGCUUUAAAAUACAUUUAUUUAAUAAAUCGUCAUCAUUGAAUUGGAAAAUACGGCUCUGUUAUCCAAGCGCCAUAAAUUGAGCCUAUUUGUUUGAGGUACUGAAGGAAAGUUAGACACCAAGAUUACUUCUGUGGGGCAAGCAGUAGAAGGUGUCCUUCUAACUACUUUAUUAUUGGGUAGGAACCUUAGUGAAUAAUCUUCAAAUUAUUUUGUAAACUCGCUUGUGAUUUUUAGGAGCUUAAGAUUUACUGAUCAAUGAUCACCACCCCCCGUAUCGCCUUUUGGGUUAGGGGUGAGGUGUGGUGAGAGUCUGCAAAUGGUAUUUCCUUAGGUGUGAAAUGGCAAAUGAUAAAUAUGGCAAUGGAAAUUUAGAAUUAGUUCACCCAUCAAUGGCACACUGGUAAUCUGACACCUGAAUAAAGCAAGUCUACAAUGUAGACUAUUAAUCAGCCACUUUUUCUCAUUGGUUGUGGACUUGUAUUACUCAGGGAAAGUGGAAGCUGGCAUUCCUGAGCCCUAUUCCAGAGUGUCCUGUAAACCAGUCUCCCUGUGUAUAUGAUGGUCCAAACUGGUCACAGUAAGAGGUUUACCUGUUAAACAUGCUGUGAGACUCCAUAGCCAUAACUGGAAGAAAUCUAGUUCCCAGUUCUAUUCCUCCAUAUUCCAUUAGGAAGUUGGACUAGCUGGUCAAUCAGUAACACUCACUGUGGUACUAUGUAUAGCAAUGUCUCAAAACCUUCACUCUGCUGAUCAAUGUUAAAGGUAUCCAGAAAGGUGUUUACCCUGAAAGUUGGUUCCCAUUCUUUGAAACAGACAUUCUACAUGGCUUAGAGAAUUUUAAACAUGAUGGUGUUUCUGAUCAUUUCAUACUUGUGGCCAACCUCUAACAUUUUGACAUUUUGGAAUUUUGUUUCUAUUUCUGAAAUUGUCAUCUUAAUUUCUUGUUAUUCUUAAUUUCUCAUUAUUCUCCUCCUCCUUCCGAGCAUGCAGUUUUCUAAAAUCAGAAGAGGGUUAGCUUCCUAUCACAUUGAGAUUUUUUUUUCUUUUAUAAUCAAUUAUUCUCAAUAUAGAUCUUGCCUGUGUUCACCUGUGAGCAGACCUGCUAUCUUACCUGCUUUCCUGAGCAAUUUGAUAACUCGUUCUUUCUCUCAGGAUUUAAGGCAGCAUGUAUUAACUACAUUAUUUGGAGAAUUCUAGCAUAGAAUUUACAUGUGUGGCCCUGUUUGGUUAGAAUAGUAUCAUCUUCACUAGGUUCAGUCAUUAUUUCACACUGGACUAUUCCAUCACCUUUAGUGCAUUAUAAUUGAAGAAUUGUAGAAUUGUUUCAUUGUGUCAUUGACUUAAACUGUCUUUGAUAAUAAUAUAAAAAGAAUAUGUUUGAAAGUUGGCAUUUUGUACAUGUCUUGUGUCAUACUUCUUUGUAUUGUAAACUGUAUUGAGCUUCUAAAUUAUUUUUUAAAUUGA